CGGGCGGCCGCGGCGCUGACGUCAGCGGGCGGAGUAUUAUGGUCUGGGCUGCGCUGGCGGCUGCCUGUGUGCUGCGAGCGGCCGCGUAAACAUGGAGCUCUCGGCCGUCGGGGAGCGCGUCUUCGCGGCCGAGGCCCUGCUCAAGCGCCGCAUCCGCAAAGGGCGUAUGGAGUAUCUGGUCAAAUGGAAGGGCUGGUCGCAGAAGUACAGCACUUGGGAGCCCGAGGAGAACAUCUUGGACGCCCGUCUGCUCGCAGCCUUCGAGGAGAGCUUUGUUUUUUUUAACACCUCUAGGGAGCGAGAAAUGGAGCUCUAUGGGCCCAAAAAGCGAGGCCCCAAGCCCAAAACCUUCCUGCUGAAGGCCCAGGCGAAAGCAAAAGCCAAAACCUAUGAAUUCCGCAGCGACUCUUCCAGAGGGAUCCGGGUGCCCUAUCCCGGCAGGUCCCCCCAGGAGCUGGGCUCCACGUCCCGCGCUAGGGAAGGACUGAGAAACAUAGCCUUGGCUCCGCAGGGCAGCUCCAGCACCAGCACCCCUAAGGGAGACAGCAUCCGGGACCGGGUGAUCCGCGUGGAGGAGAAACCCGGGGAGAUCCCCAAAAAGAGAGGCCCGAAGCCCAGGAAGGAGCUUUACAAGGACCUGGCAGAGACUCUGGAUGCUUCCAAGAGGAAACUGGGGGAUCCGGGGGACAAGGUGGGGGACUACCUGAAGGCCAGGAAGAUGGAGGAGGCAGCAGCAGGAGCCAAGUUCAGCUCGGGGCACAGCGUCAUCCAGCUGGCCCGGAGGCAGGACCCCGACCUCCCUGGCACCUUGCCCGGCCCCAACCGAGCCGAGGUGGGCACCAAGCUGGGCGCCGGUGAGAGCUACCCCCCACGGCUGGCCAAGCACCGCGCGGACUUUCUGGACCCCAAGGGGCAGGGGGGGCUGGACCCCGGCGGGCCCAAGCUCCUGCACGGCGCGGUGAGUCCGGGUGCCGUGGGCAGCCUGUACCGUGAUGGCAUGGGGGGCCAGGCGGGGCGGCCCUCCCUCAUCGCCAGGAUCCCCGUCUCCAGGAUCCUGGGGGACCCUGAGGAGGAGUCCUGGAGCCCCUCGCUCAACAACCUGGAGAAGGUGGUGGUAACUGAUGUGACCUCUAACUUUUUGACCGUCACCAUCAAGGAGAGCAGCACGGACCAAGGAUUCUUUAAGGAGAAGCGAUGAAUUUGUUGGAGGUGGUGCUGGGGUUUUCUUUGGUCAGAUCCAAACAAAAGCUUGGGUAGAGCUUGGUGGGCCUUUUUUUUCUUUUUUUUUUUUUUUUUAAUUUUAAUUUUUUUUUUUUUUUGUCUUGGAGAGGAUUUAGAAACUGUCCUAAAUUCAUCAACUCCUUCUUUAUUCUUUUGGGUUUUUUUACGUCUUACAUUUCGUUGGAAAGAUUAUCUCUAGAGUUAUAUUUUCUAUUAGAUGUAAAUAUGUUAUUUAAGAAAAAAAAUGCUUAUAUAUAUAUAUCUAUAUAUAUUUCAACUCUGAGUUGUUUUAUUUAAAUGGAGACAACGGUGACUGCUCAGUUGCUCUUAGAAAGGACAAUAAAACUGAGAACUAACGGAGUUCACGCCUCUCUCGCAGGAGCCCGUGUACAUAACCAUGUUCAUAGCGAAUUAUAUGUCCUGGGUUGGUUUUUUUUAAGCUCUUCUUUUUUCCUGUGAUGCUAGGGAUGGUGCAGGGGGACGUUGCUCCCUCCGAGGGCGGAGUGCCCUGGUUUCUUGAUUGUGAUAUAAGGUGUUGCUUGUACAAUCAAGUGUGUGCUGUGUCCAGAAGUGUUGCCCUGACGGCUGAAGUAAGCACUUGAAUUUCCAGUGUUGUUGGGGAGGGGGCGUUUCCAGGCUGAUGGAGAGA